UUUAAUGUGUUGUGUAGGUUAGCUGUAUAUAAACGUCUGUCCUGUACGAGUGAUCUAUCGUUAGAUAGAAAACCUCAUUGUGCAUGCAUGUAUUGUGAAACCUAACGUUAAUGGAGCUCUGAUCGUGAUGGCAACCCAGCGAUCUCUUUUUGACCUGGCAUCAGAUCUGAAGCUCACUGAUGGACUCAGGGAGAUUAUAAAUCCCCCACGCCAUGGGGAAACCUUGUCCACCCCAGAACCCUCUGCCCUGGAGGGAUUUCCUGGUGAGAGGAGCGUGUGCAGCAGAUUGAAGGGUGCGGCCUCUCAGGGAGACGCGUCUCACUCGAUGCUUUGCUCAGCAUGCCAGUGUGCUUUAGUGGGUCGUGAAGAGCAGAUGGAACACUACAAACUAGACUGGCACCGUUUCAAUCUGAAACAGCGUCUGGCUGGACGACCACCGUUCACAGUGGAGGAGUUUGAGAAAAAAACAGGUGCAGGUGACAUGUCCAGUAUUUCAGGAUCAGACUCUGAGGAUGAUGAAUCAGACAGUCCUGAAGGUGAGGAGGUGACCUGUGAAGGGAGAGACAGCAGCCGGUUGUCCAGCAGGGUGGUGUUGCAGAACUCUGAGGGACAGUACAUGUCUCUGUACCGCAGGGCAGUACAGAGCAGCAGAGUGGAAGGUGAGGUGAAUUUGGUUGAUUCUUUGCUGAAAGUCUCGGAUAAGACGGUGUGGCUGAUCCUGAUGACAGGAGGGGGUCACUUUGCCGGAGCUGUUUUUCAAGGCAAAGAGGUCUUACAGCAUAAGACGUUCCACCGUUACACAGUGCGGGCAAAGCGUGGAACAGCACAGGGACUCCGAGACGCCCAGAACCGUGGCCACACCCCCAAGUCGGCAGGAGCAGCUCUUAGGCGCCACAACGAGGCCGCAUUGGUUAAGGAUAUUCAAGAUCUUCUGAAGAGCUGGUCCGACUAUCUGAGUGUGGCCAGUGGCAUCUUCCUGCGAGCCCCAAAAUAUAACCGCUCCGUGUUUUUUGGAGGUCGAGGGGCCCCACUGGAAAUAAAGGACAAAAGAAUAUGUUCGCUCCCAUUUGCCACCCGCAGAGCCACGUUCAGUGAAGUGAAGCGUGUCCAUGACGUCCUGUCAACCAUUCAAAUUUAUGAUAAAAACGUCGACAUCUCCAGCAUCCUUAGUCCAUUGAAGAGAGUGUGGCAGAGAAAGUCACGGAAUCCACCGAACCCCAUCACUCAAACACACUCUAAUGCAGCAGUGCUUUCACAGGUAGAGGAAGAUGAGCAGAGCUCAGAAGACGAAGGCUCUGUACAACUUGAGAUGGUGGAAGUCACGCUGGGGACUCUGGAUUUGAGAGAGCAUGAGGUAAAACCAAACAAGAAGAAACGAAGAAAAAGGAGAGAGAGAAAAACAACUGAGAGAGAAGGCUCAGGCAGCAGGCGUCCUGUGGCCACGGAGGAGUGUUCGGAACACACUGGACCUGCGAGACACCAGGACACACUGGAGGAAACUCCAGGCCUGAGGAAAGCCAAGAAUGAACACGUCGAGGGCACAGCUGUGGUGUGUGAAUGGUGGGAGUACGGUCUGAGGGACGCCCUCUACACUGCCUGCAAAACCGGAGACAGUGAGACGCUCUGCACGCUCCUGCAGGGCGAGGAGAUUACAGCCCUCCAUCUCAACACGCCCGUCGACUCCGCCGGCUUCACGCUGCUGCACGUGGCGUCUGCCGCAGGGCACAAGGCCACCAUCAGACUGCUGCUUGAUGCAGGAAGUGACCCAGCCUGCAGGGACAGGAAGGGGCAGACGCCAUAUGGUGUGUCACCGGACAAGGACACCAGGAACACAUUCAGGAAGUACAUGGCUGAGCAGCCUGACAAGUAUGACUACACAAAGGCCCAGGUUCCAGGCCCUCUGACUGCUGAAAUCGAGAGUAAGAAAGCAGAGAAGAAAAAGGCCCAGAAGGUAUUGAGAAGGCGACGCGAGAGAGAGCAGAAAGAAGAACGUCGGAGACGAGAGGAGGAGGAGGAGGAGAGGACUAGGUUCCUGGAACUGAGUGACACGGAGAAGAGGGCGCUAACACCACAGCAGGUAGCGGAAACCGGAGUCCCAUUUACCACAACCAGGCGAUGCUGGCAGUGUGGGGCCUCUUUGCUGGGGAAGGUGCCUUUUGAAUAUCUGCACUUUUCUUUCUGCACAACGCGCUGUGUGCAGGCCCACCGCAGGGCCAAUGCUGCUCCCAAACCCUGAUGGGAAUCAGCCAAACCCAGGCUCAGUGGGACAGAAGGGUGUGGUUGGGUGGAGCGUAGCACAUCGGGAACUAACACUCCAUCGUACCCAGAGCUUCUGCUCAUAUAUACAUGUCUACUGAUGUUAAUAAUCAGGUCUAAGGUUGGUGCUACAAGUCACAGAGGCAGUGCAAAGGAAAACAUACUGAUGAAAAGAUGGCGAACUGAUGGUGUAAUUGUGGAUACACCAGAAAGGAACCAAAAAUAAAGUCGUUGAAGCAGA